AUGGUAGCGCUCCGUGCCAAGGCAGAAGCAGUGAAGAGUGCGGAAGAGAUUCAAGCGGAGAAGAUCAGGAAGAUUGCCCGCAGCGUCGAUCAAGUUCUAGGAUCUGUGAUAACUGGGUUCAUUGGCCCCUGGGUCAUCGGCUGGAUCUUUGGUACGAUGACAGGCUUCAAAGGAAACGGAUUCAAGGGAGCAAUGAGCAACGGAUUCUCCACAGGGACAGCAUGGGGCUCAAUGAGUGCAGCUUUUUGUGGCGUUGAGGUGCUUGCACGCGAGAUCAGAGGCAAGACUGACAAAUGGAACAACAUGAUGGGAGCCUGCUCUGCAGGUGUGGUUGGUAACUGCGGCAAAGGAGUUGGCGCAAUGGCUUCGGGUUGCGUGAAUUUUGCUGUAAUGUCGUACAUCAUUGAUCUUUUCAUCGACAAGAAGCAAGAUCCGUUCGAAGAAUAUGCAAAAAAUCCUAAUUCGCAGGAGAAGGAUCUGUUGCGAGCACAAAAUACAAACAAGAAAGCUGAGUAA